AUGGCUUCUGACGCCAGUCACGUGUUAGAAGCUGCCCUGGAGCAAAUGGACGGAAUCAUCGCAGGAACUAAAACAGGGGUAGAUAUUAGUGAUGGUACCUGUGAGCCCGGACCAGCCUCCCCAGCCUCCUACAUGAACCCCUUCCCGGUGCUCCAUCUCAUCGAGGACUUGAGGCUGGCCUUGGAGAUGCUGGAGCAUCCUCAGGAGAGGGCAGCCCUCCUGAGCCAGAUCCCAGGCCCCACAGCUGCCUACAUAAAGGAGUGGUUCAAGGAGAGCUCGUCCCAGGUAAAUCACCACAGUGCUGCCGGUAAUGAAACAUACCAGGAACGCUUAGCACGUCUAGAAGGAGAUAAGGAGUCCCUCAUAUUACAGGUGAGUGUCCUCACAGACCAAGUGGAAGCCCAGGGAGAGAAGAUUCGGGACCUGGAAGUGUGUCUGGAAGGGCACCAGGUGAAACUCAAUGCUGCCGAAGAGAUGCUUCAACAGGAACUACUAAGUCGUACAUCUCUUGAGACCCAGAAGCUCAAUCUGAUGACCGAAGUGUCUGAGCUGAAGCUCAAGCUGGUGGGCAUGGAGAAGGAACAGAAAGAGCAGGAGGAGAAGCAGAAAAAAGCAGAGGAGUUACUGCAGGAGCUCCGGCACCUCAAAAUCAAGGUGGAAGAGUUGGAAAAUGAACGGAAUCAGUAUGAAUGGAAACUAAAGGCCACCAAGGCUGAGGUAGCCCAGCUGCAGGAGCAGGUGGCCCUGAAGGAUGCAGAAAUUGAGCGUCUGCACAGCCAGCUCUCCAGGUCAGCAGCUCUGCACAGUGACCACGCAGAGAAAGACCAAGAAAUUCAACGUCUGAAAAUGGGGAUGGAAACUUUGCUUGUUGCCAACGAAGAUAAGGACCGUCGGAUAGAGGAGCUUAGUGGGCUGUUAAACCAGUACCGAAGGGUGAAUGAGAUCGUGAUGGCAACCCAAGGGCCUUCAGAAAGAACUCUCUCAAUCAAUGAGGAAGAACUGGAGGGAAGUUUCAGGAACUGGAACGCUGCAAAUAAAGGCCCCGAAGACCUAUUUAAAUCAGAGGUGUCUCCAAGAGGCAGCUCUCCCACGGCGGGGCCACCCCCACUACCGCAGAAAUCACUGGAAACCAGGGCUCAGAAAAAACUCUCCUGUAGUCUUGAAGACUUGAGAAGUGAAUCUGUGGACAAGUGUGUCGGUGCGAACCAGCCCUCCCCAGUGGUAGAACCCAAGGAUGGCCCUUUCCUGGCGGAGCACAAGUACCCCACGUUACCUGGGAAGCUUCCAGGAGCCACGCCCAAUGGAGAGGCUGCCAAGUCUCCACCUACCGCCUCCCCAGUGGACCCUGCAGGGAGCAGCCCGCUGAGGCUGAACCGUGGCCGGAGUGUCAGUGCCCCUGUAUUAGGAGACACAGAAAGUGGCUGGGAUGACACUGCCGUGGCCAAUGACACAUCCCUGUCAUCGGGCACCGAGUCCAGCCCCCAGUCUCCCCUGACAUCAGAUGGUAAACGGAGCCCCAGAGGCAUCAAGAAGUUCUGGGGAAAGAUCCGAAGGACUCAGUCAGGAAACUUCAACACCGAUGCCCCAGGGGUGGCCGAGUUUCGACGAGGUGGGCUCCGGGCAACUGCAGGACCAAGACUGUCCAGGACCAGAGAUCCCAAGGCUCAGAAAAGUGAUGCCAACGCCCCCUUUGCCCAAUGGAGCACAGAGCGUGUGUGUACGUGGCUGGAGGACUUUGGCCUGGCUCAGUAUGUCAUCUUUGCGAGGCAAUGGGUGACUUCUGGCCACACAUUACUGACAGCUACCCCUCAGGACAUGGAAAAGGAGCUAGGAAUUAAGCACCCUCUUCACAGGAAAAAGCUGGUUUUAGCAGUGAAAGCCAUCAACACCAAGCAGGAGGAGAAGUCUGCACUGCUGGACCACAUUUGGGUAACACGUUGGCUUGAUGAUAUUGGCUUACCCCAGUACAAAGACCAGUUUCAUGAAUCCAGAGUCGAUGGGCGGAUGCUGCAGUACCUGACGGUGAAUGAUCUACUCUUCCUAAAAGUCACCAGCCAACUACAUCAUCUCAGCAUCAAAUGUGCCAUUCACGUGCUGCACGUCAACAAGUUCAAUCCUCACUGCCUGCACCGGCGGCCGGCUGAUGAGAGUAACCUCUCUCCUUCAGAAGUUGUGCAGUGGUCCAACCACAGGGUGAUGGAGUGGUUGCGGUCUGUGGACCUGGCGGAAUACGCGCCCAACCUUCGUGGGAGUGGCGUCCACGGAGGUCUCAUUAUUCUAGAGCCACGCUUCACAGGGGACACCCUGGCCAUGCUUCUCAACAUCCCACCACAAAAAACGCUCCUCAGACGUCACCUGACCACCAAAUUCAACGCCUUGAUCGGCCCUGAGGCUGAGCAGGAGAAGCGAGAGAGAAUGACCUCACCUGCUUACACACCAUUGACCACCACAGCCAAAGUCCGGCCAAGGAAGCUGGGAUUUUCACAUUUUGGAAACAUAAGAAAAAAGAAGUUUGAUGAAUCGACGGACUACAUUUGCCCAAUGGAGCCCAGCAACAGUGUCGGUGAUGGUCACAGGGCCUACAGUGGCACCCGGGGCCUCAGCACACUUGAUGCCCCUGAACUGGACGGGUUGGACCAGAUGGCACCUUCGGAAGGCACCGUGACGCAGAUAGGGCUCCUCUCCCAAGACAUUCACCGCCUCACGACGAUGCUGAGCCAGGACCAGCUGCUGACCGACUCCCACCUGGCCACUCCCAGAUCUGAGGACUGGAGAUGA